GGCACAACUGCAUCCAUGAUAGAGAAGAUGAAUAUCCACCAACCUGCAAAAUUAUCACAACCACCCGAAGAACUCAUUGGAACUCAGAACGAAAAAAUUUUUGUUUUUCACACACAACGAUGUGGAUUCGAUAAUCGCUUUAUUUCUGAAUUUACUGUGCUUGGGAGAAAGUUCACUACAAUCGACCAGUAUUUUGUGUGGCAAAAGGCUCGAUACUUUGGCGACUUAGAAAUUGCUUCCGAAAUACUAUUAAUCCGAAAUCCUAUUACAAUACGAAGAAUUGGAAAGCGCAUACGCGAGUACAAACAAUCAGAAUGGUAUUCAGUUCGCAACAAGGCAAAUUAAAAAAACUUUUCUUGACGAUUUAUAUAUUUAGGUUAUGUAUACUGGAUUAUGG